GCCCCGCGCCUCCCCAUGCCGCGUUCCAUUGGGCCCUGGCCUAUGGGCGGGAUCGGCAGGCGGGGUCUCGCGGCUGCCCAGUGCGCAGGCGCCCCGUCGGCUUGGGGGCGGGGCCGGGGCCGGAGAGGAGGAGGCCUGAGAGGCUGCUGGCGGCAGAAGCAGAGGAGCUCGGGAGGCUGGAGGUGUCGGGUCACUCGACUGCAGGGAAGCCGGCCCUUUGGUGUGAGGCCGAUUAGGCCACUGACCGCGCCCAUGACGUUCAAACGGAGCCGCGGGGACCGCUUUUACAGCACCUGGUGCUGCGGCUGCUGCCAUGUCCGCACCGGGACCAUCAUCCUGGGGACCUGGUAUAUGGUGGUAAAUCUGCUGGUGGGAAUCCUGCUGACUGUGGAGGUGACUCACCCCAAUGCAGUGGCCACUGUCAACCUCCAGUAUGAAGUCAUCGGGAAUUACUAUUCCUCGGAAAGGAUGGCCGAGAACGCCUGCGUCCUCUUCGCCUUCUCGCUGCUCAUGUUCACGAUCAGCGCCAUGAUGGUCUACGGAGCCGCCGCCCAUCGUGUCGGCUGGCUGAUUCCGUUCCUCUGCUACCGGCUUUUUGACUUUGUCCUCAGCUGCCUGGUCGCCAUCAGCUCGCUCACGUAUUUGCCAAAAAUCAAAGAUUACCUGGAUCAACUCCCUCCUUUCCCCUAUAAGGAUGACCUGCUGGCGCUGGACUCCAGCUGCCUUCUCUUCCUGAUCCUCGUCUUUUUCACCUUGUUCAUCAUUUUUAAGGCUUAUCUCAUCAGUUGUGUCUGGAAUUGCUACAAGUAUAUCAGCAACAGAAGCCUGCCUGAGAUUGCAGUGUACCCAGCCUUCGAGGCUCCUCCACAGUAUAUCCUGCCCACGUACGAAAUGGCCGUGAAGAUGCCAGAAAAGGACCCGCCCCCUCCUUAUAUCCCUGCCUGACAGAAGGAAGAAGACGUUUGUUAAUAAACACUACACCAGCUUUGGGGUCUGUUUGUAUUCUAGAAUCGGGCCUUAGGAACCACCCUGCGGCUCCACGUUCUGAUAGCAGCCUGUGCACACUAAGUCAUUUUUCUAAUUGCUUGAACCUGUUAUUUUAAGAGUAUUAUGGGGCGUUUGGGGAGGGGCAUUCAUUUGUAGAUCAGACUUUUUGUUUUGUUGUGGUUGGAUUUUGGGGUUAAAGUACAUUGAUUCCAUUGAAAUAGCUCUGGAAGACAAUCUGGGUGAAGCCAGAGCCUCAGUGCUGGGGAGGGGGUCCUGGGCAUUGGCCGUGCCUCCCGCCCCCCAUCUGGUGUCGGCCUGGGCACCACUUACCCUGAGACAUUUCCGAGAAGAAGGGAGGAAGAUGCUGGUCCUGGGUGGAGGCCCCCAGGCCUCUGUGAAUGCCCAGAGCACCCACAGCCAUGCCAAGGAUGGGCCUACCGAUGGCUGUGCGGCUCAAGUUUGUAUGUACCUCUCUCUUUAUCUCUGACAGAUGCAUCAAUAAACCUUUUCAAAGAA